GGAAUUAGGAAAAGAUAUCCUAAUCACGAGUGGGUUAGUUGUGUAGCAAAAAUAAAAUAAAAAUGAAAUUAAAAAGACAACCUUCAUUCUCAACCGUUCAGAUAUAUUAUGAGACUUAAUCUUGGCCGUCCAUUUGCACAUCAUUUUGCUAUAAAUAGAGCCCCCUGACGAAGUUUCCAGGUCUUCUGAUCAUUUUUUUAUGGGUUCCGAACUUCCGAUUAGAUUGGAUUGGUGUUGAUCUUCUUCCAAUUUAGGGUUUAUCAUCAUCCGAAGAAGAAUCGGUUUGUACAUUAAUGGUUGAAACCUGGACUUAAUUUCCUCACUAGGCAAAUCCUUGUUUGCAACUCCGCGUUUGGCUUUGUUACCCUAAUUUCUCAAAUCGUUUUGAUGGCAUCUUCUUCGGAUUCAUGGAUGAAAGAAUACAGUGAAGCAGUGAAGCUUGCUGAUGAUAUCAAUGGGAUGAUAUCAGAACGAAGUUCACUGUCUGGAUCAGGCCCAGAAAUGCAGCGUCAUAGCUCUGCUAUAAGGAGAAAGAUUACAAUUUUAGGCACUAGACUUGAUAGCUUACACUCCCUUCUAUCAAAGCUUCCUGGGAAGCACCCUUUAUCAGAUAAAGAGAUGAAUCGACGUAAAGACAUGCUUGGAAAUCUUAAGUCAAAAGUGUCACAAAUGGCUUCAACAUUGAACAUGUCAAACUUUGCUAAUAGGGACAGUUUACUUGGUCCUGAAAUAAAGCCUGCUGAUGCCAUGGGCAAGGCAGCUGGUUUGGACAAUAAUGGGCUUGUUGGUUUCCAAAGACAAGUGAUGAGAGAGCAAGAUGAAGGGCUUGAGAAGUUGGAGGAGACUGUUAUAAGCACAAAACAUAUUGCAUUGGCAGUUAAUGAAGAACUAGAUUUACACACUAGACUUAUUGAUGAUUUGGACUACCAUGUGGAUGUUACAGACUCUAGACUGCGCAGAGUGCAAAAGACCUUGGCAAUUAUAAACAAGCGCACCAAGGGUGGUUGCUCCUGCAUGUGCAUGUUGUUAUCUGUUGUUGGGAUUGUGGCUUUGGCUGCUAUCAUAUUUCUGCUAGUCAAAUACCUUUAAUAAGAAAGAAUCACGAGAUUACAACACUUGUGCUUCUUUGUGUGGUUUGACUUUUACUAUAAUGGCUGUGAUAUAGUAUAUUGUUUUUGUGCAUUUGUGAAGAUUUGUGGAUAAUUCAAAUUACUUGUUUGGUGUGUCAUUUGGCACCAUUUUCUCAAUUGAAUUUUCAGGUUGUGUUGAUUUGAUAAA